AAAACGAGUAGAAUGUGAAAAGCACGCGCCUAAUGUAGCGCGUGGUAGUUGUCCGUAUCCAUCUUCAACGGGCUUUAGAUCCAUUUGAGUCAGUGAAAGUGGUGGAAGUGAGACGAAAGCAAUCAUCUUUUUUCUAUUUCAACGACACUUUCAAAACCCAACAUUUUUUUUUGUUGUUGUUCUGUUCUCUCUGUUUUGUUUUCAUUGCUUCUCUCUUCUCUUAGAUCUCUUUCUUGUUAAAGUCUCACCCUUUGGAUUCUGAUUCGAUAUCUUUAGAGUCUCAGUCUUUUCUUCUGAUCUGGGUUUUCUUCUCUCUGUUGUUUGGUUACAGUUAGAUCAGUUGAAAACUAAGUGAACUUAGAAAAGGUAAACCCUUUAUAGGUUUUAUUGGGGGUUUGUCUUAUUCUAAGAAAUGGGUUCACAGUGUUUGGAUACUGCAAACUGUUAGGAUGGAUUGAAAAGAAACAACCUUUGCUUUGUCAAGCUGCUUGAGGCUGUUUGGUUUGGUAGAGAACUGAAUUAAGAGUUAUGAGAAGAGGUAGAGGGAAAGGCAAGAGGCAGAAUGCUACUGCUAGAGAAGAUCUUGGAAGCGGUGAUGAAGAAGAAAAGAUUCCAGCUUACAAGAGAAGAGGGAGGCCACAGAAGGAGGUUAAAGAUGAAACCCAAGGAGACAAAGAGAUUGUGGAGAAGGAUGAUAACACAAAUGGUUCAGUCACAAAUAAAGAAGAUGUGACAGAGAAUGGGAGGAAGAGGAAGAAAGCUGUAGAGUCUAAAGAGAGCAAUAUGAGUGAAGAGGAGAAUGGGUUAGGUUCAAAAUCAAGCACAGAUGAUUCACUGAAGUCAUCAUUGUCUAUAGGGUUUAGACACAUUGGGAGCAGAAGGAAGAACAAACCAAGACGAGCUGCCGAAGCUGUUGUUGAAUGUCAUGGGAUUUGAAACAGAGGUUCUUAAAAACGCUUUUGAAACCGCUUUUUUUUUCUUUUGUUGAAUCACUCUUGUUGUUAGGACCUGAGUUUGAUACGGUUGCGUUUUGAUUUCAUACAUGGAAUCAUAAUUUUUGAUUAUUCAGAACCCUUUGUUUGAAUUGUCAUGGGGUUUUGAAACUCUCAUCUCUUAAAAUACCUCUUUAAUGGCCAUGUUAGAGCUUUUGAAUAAGGUUCUACACUAUUUAAUGGACCCUACAAUUACAUACAUAUAUAUAAUAUAUACAUACACACA